CAAACUUCGAACGAGUGGGGCUUGCUCACCGCGAAAACUUCCGACGCACGAUCCCAUCCGCCACCGAACUUGGCACCUUUGGGUUUCCGACUUCCGGAUGUGGUUCGAACAGGCCGGGUAUGAGUGCAGCACGCGCGAAAUCCAAAGGGCUCGUCACUUCGCUUUCGCCUACCCUAUCUACGUUCUGGGUUGGGGUGCACAUCAUUAAGAAAUAAAACGACCCUUCAAGAAGUGAUAAUUAGUGAGUUGGUCUGCUUCGCUUUCGGAAAAUUGGGCCACCGCGGGUAGGAAGAAGACAAGUUGGUCAAAAGUCUGCAGAUCGAGUUUAGUAGUGCUGCCCAUGACCGAUAGCUUCUCGGAAAGAAGCGUUACAGCAGUCCAGGUGAAGAAGAUUGUGGGUAGCGUAACAGCGCGAAAGCAAAGCGGGAAAUUAUCGGUCCAUUUAUCGUGAUUAUAACCGGAGCCCGUGCGUUGUGCGAGGCGCGAAUAUAUCGAAGAAUCGUUAGCCGCAAGGUUUGCGGUGUUGUUUAUAAGAGCCACUACCGAUCCGAUCCACGGACUACGUUGCGGGUUAUUAUUUUUCCGAUUGGCUCGCUCCGGACCAUUCUUAUGAGACCUGUGGUCUCCUCGGUUGUUUGAACAACGGCCAGCAGUCAGUGCCGCGACGGGUGCAGUCAAUUUAUUCUCAUGGCCGAUAAAAAUCGCCAAGUCUGCAGAGGUGCCGUUCGACCAUAAAUGAUUCCCAGGAAGUCUACUCGGUCGAUUAGAGACUUACUGCGCCAUCGGUUAUCCGAUUGAAGUGUGGUGAUAAUUGAUAGAAGCAGUCGAGAGUGGGAGGUCGAAUUCGAAGAAAACAAGAACCGCGGUGAUUUCGGAAGACCUCCACUCAGAAGGGUGAUGUGGAGUUUGUUUGCGUGAUUGUUUUGGCUGGUCAUAAGGAAGAAAGUGAUUAGGAGAGCUUGAAGGUUGUGUAAACACACCGAAUAAGGUUCCAAGUUUUUGUGUCAACAACGAAAACGAGGCAGCUCUCCGUCGUCAUCAGUGUUUUGUGUUUUUAUGCGCUGGCGGAAGAGCCAUAAAGGAUUAAGGAGCGUCAGAAGUCGACACCGGAGUGUGAUAUUCUUGUGAUUCUCAGUAAAGUGAACGUGAAAAAAAGAACAAGGAAAAGGAUAACCACGCCGGGACGAGAAAUUCCACCCUUAGUAAGUUCUUUCCUCUAUUUUAUCCUUGCCAUUAGGAGCGUUUUCUGCGAGAAGCAAGCAAGUGAGUGGAAAAGCUAACGGCCACAACUACUAGCUGCUUUGACGAUGAACAAACAUUUUAAUUGAAUGUCAUCAGAAGGAUAAAAACAGACCAAAUUGGAACGGACGAGCGCCACGCUUGCCAGGGUGACAAAAAACGGAACCGACGAUAGAACGGGACGUGUUGGCAUUCUGUGCUGUCAUGUCUACUUGUGUGCCUGGACGGGAAGUGCUCGGGUUGAGGAGUCCUUGGGCAUAACGACAAAAAAGUAUAUCACCUGGUCCAAUAGGAUCUCACCCUCGGGCCGCCGCUGCUGCUUCAGCUUCUAACAGCUUCAUCGCCGGCCUCCGCUCUUCUUCUCACCCAACCGAGCCACAUAGCAGCGUGUGAGCGAGCGUACGAGCGGAGCAGCCAGCCGACCCAGCACCAUCGGCUCUCCGUCCGGCGGAGUUCAGUCAUCGUCGCGGAUGCAAUGCAACCGGUCGUCGUCGUUCGUCCCGUUUUGCCGUCGCUUUCGUCGUCGCCGAAUAUGACGGUGCUGUAACGAGCGUCGUAUAGCAUAGCAGCAGUAGUGGCAACAGAAACGCCGGAAAAAGGCGAAAACGAAUAGUGUGAGAGAGUGUAAUAUGUUACUCGACUUUGGAGGACGACUGCGACGUCUAUAGUGUGUGCCGCCGUCGUCGUCGUACCCAGAGGGAUAUUUUUCCGAACAACGACACAAACGACGAACGGAAGUGCCGCGUCUCCUCGCGCGCUCGCUCGAUCUCUUUGGAGUGGAAGGACGUCGGUAGAAAAUUUAUAAGAGUGCUGUUUCAAUUUGUGUGAAAGCGAAUCAAGCGCGAAUAUGGAUGUGAAGUGAAAAUCCGCCGGUUACACUAAUUUACAGCGUUCUUGAAUCCAUGUUAGUUUUUUUUGUCACACACAUACGUCAGCUCGAGGGGAAGAGCUACCAGAAGAAAAAUUGCCAUCCACGUUGCCCGGAAUAAAUAGUGAAUCGGGAAGAAAAGUGGUCUCCGUUGUGUACAGGUCCCAACCGACCGAUCGACCGACCAUCCUACCAACCAACCAACCCAACCAAGUUAAGGUUGAAAGCAGUGUUUCCCACUACUGAUGGAUAAUGUGUUUCCUCCGAUGCUAGGCGGGUCAAUUUCCCGGCCAAGUCGUUCAGAAAGUGUUGUAAGCCAGUCGUCAGCCCAAGUGGCAAAUGUGAGUGUGGGAAAAGGGUUUUUCCUCUCGAUUUCAUCGAUGCUUGUGAAGCUGAUCGGAGCCGGGUAUUGAAACAAAAGAAGAACCAACCCACCAAUCGCAUCGGGUGGGAAGUCAGUGCCGUUGCCGUGCUAGUGGUGAUUUUUCCGAGCAGACGGGGAAAAGCCAGAAGAUGCUCGAUGGUUGGAGGGAAGGUGCUUGACGAAGAGUGAGUGUAAUUAAAAAUUUAUUGAAAAAAUCUUAAUUAGAAAACAGCGCGCAAAACAAGUGGAAGUGUGUGACGUUCGGUGAAUUUAUUUGCUGUCGACAUUAAAUGUCGAGCUAAUCGUUGAAAAAGAAAGUAAUUGGAAGAACUGAAUCAACGCCGCUGGAGAUUGGACGGAUUUUAGAUAGAACGAGGAAAGCUGUGCUUGUUCGUUCGUACAAGUACCGGAAAGUUGAUAGCAGAGCCAUCGACACGGCCAACAUCACCGCCACCGUGGAAACAGUGGAGACAAAGCUUGGCAAACCGUCGUCGCAGCCACGGACAGCCACCCAUCAAGUUUCUGAGCUGCUGCUGCUGCUGCUGUAGGUACAAGGCGUCAGGACCGCGUAACACCGGGUCCUGUCUGCUGCAGCAAGACCGCACACACAUACACAUCACAACGAUUACAGGCGGUUACGGUUUUCUCGUCUCUGCGCCUCGGCAACCGGUGUGCCACACGUAGAACACACGUAUCCACUGAAUACACGUGCAUUGUGGGAGGGCGGCAACCCCUCGUGACCAAUGAGUGAAUGAAGCCACCAACUCUGCCAACAAACUGCAGACCUUAGAUCUCCCAGUUUCCUAUUCAGCUGAAACCCGUACAGGCGACGGGACUAACGGCAGAUAACAUGAGCAUAAAUAAAGUUACGCUGUUUCAAUUAUUUAUUAUCGCUCUCUCGCUGAGCCCGGUAAUUGGCUCCAAAGUGAAUAAAGAGCGACAAUUGAGACAGCAGCAACAGCAGCAAAACUACCAGAACGAUGCUGCAGAUUUUGGUUACAUCUCGGAUUCGCACGGGCUUCCGACCCGGUUCGGUGACGAGGACGACGUGAUAUUUGCCAAAAAGCAAAACGAAACAGGCGGCCAGCAUCAUCUGGCGGGGGGCGGUGGGGUCACCAUCGGGCAAGGAUCCGUGUCCAACGUGAAACCGUCGCUGCUGGGCCACGGAACCGACUACGACGACUAUGAUUAUGAAGGCGAGCUGGAUCAUCCGGAUGAUAACGAUAGCCACGGUAAGGAUGGUGGCGCCAAAGGGCACGGAUUAGAUUCCGGAGAUUACACGGAUGGAUUCGAUGGCGAUGCCAUAGAUCAGAUUGAGAGCUUUGGCGACGGAAGCGAUACCACCAGUUUGCUUCCGGUAUUUUUGGUGGAACCGCAGAGCACGUACGUGAUCAAAAACCGGCCGGCGGUGCUGCAGUGCAAAGCGUCGCAUGCGUUUCAGAUCUCGUUCAAAUGUAGCGGUGGCAACAAGCCCCCACUGACGACCCACGAGACGCAUGUGGAUCCGCACACCGGAGUGCAGCUGCAGGAGGCCAGCACGACCAUAACCCGCGAACAGGUCGACGAGUUCUUCGGCCGGGGACCGUUCAAGUGCGAUUGCCAGGCCCGGUCGUCGCGGGGCGUUGUGCGGACACAAUCUGCCACCAUCCAAGUCGCAUAUAUCAAGCGGCAAAUCAGCAUCACGCCGAAGUCGAUCCGCGUCGAGCUGGGUGGCCGGGCGGAGAUCAUUUGCAACGUGAAUGCCACUCCGGUUGCCAAGAUCUCCUGGCUCAAGAAUGGGAUCCCCCUGGUCGCGAACCCCCCGGUGGUGAUUACUGUGGAUGAUAAAGUGCUGGUCGCGCACGUCACCAUGCAGGACAUGGCCAAUUAUACAUGUGUUGCGGAGAACAUUGCCGGCAAGCGGGUCUCGGACCCCGUCAGUCUCACCGUCUACGUUGAUGGAGGUUGGAGUUCGUGGGGUCCCUGGACGGACUGCAAGUGUCCCGGCCACCCGAAGCAAGGUCAGAAACGAAACCGAGUGUGCAACAAUCCACUUCCACUGAACAGUGGAGCUCCCUGCGUUGGCCACAACACCGACACCACUCCGGACUGUCUUCCCUGCACAGCCGGCCGGUGGUCGCAGUGGACCGAGUGGAGCGAAUGUGCACCGGACUGUACCCAGACGCGUUACCGGUCCUGCAUCGGUGGACCGGUCAUUGCGUCGUCCUCGGCAGCGGCCGCCCUGGUGGCCAAUACGACGACGGCCAGCAUGAUGCUGGACAAACAGCCGUACGAUGGCGGCACCAUCAACUGCGUCGGGAAGAGCCUCCAGUCGGCCAAGUGCACCGGAGGGGCGUGCAGCUACAGUGUUCAAGGAUCUAACUGGACCAUCUAUUUGGGCCUGGCCCUGACGGCAGCGGUCUGCAUCGCAAUCGGAGCCGGCCUGAUGAGGCUGGCUCGGCGGAAGAAAACGAUACCGGCUUACAACCUCGCUAGAUCAGAAAUGCCAUCCGAGUACUUCCCGACCGAAAGCAAGAAGCUAACCCAUUUUCAGCCCGAUUUGACGCAGAAUACGGUGGCCAUAAAUUACGAGUAUCCCCUGACGCCACACCACCAGCCCACCUCGCAGCACCAUCUGCUCCAGCAGCAGCAAUCAGCGCACCACGGAAUGUUGACGACGACGGCGGACAGGACAGGACAACAUCAGCAGCAGCAGCAGCACCCAGGAGGACAUCACCAGAGCAAUUCGCUCAAAAAUUCACUGCCAUUCCCCCGAUCCAACUCGGAGCACCACUACGACGUUCCGCAUUUGUGUAAUAACUACAUGUACCCCCUGGACAAAAUCAGCAUCAAUGAAUCAUACUCGUCGUCCAGCUACUCGAAGCGUGUCUGCAGCGUAGAGUCCCUGGCCACCUCUACCAACACAUCCGGUGACUCAAACUACGACCAGGCCCUAAUGGUUAACUCCACCCUUCCGGUCCCGGUUGAUCAACCUGUUUCGAACGGACUACGAACCGCCGACUACACCCAGAUGACCCUCACGCCAGCGGGUGCCUUAAUGCGGCUGAACACCUACUACGUGGCGCUUCUCAUUCCGGAGAGUGCCAUCUCCAAGCACCAGAAACAGAGCGUCGUCCUGUCCAUCGUCAAAGACGAAAAGUUCUCCAUCCAGAGCCCGGGAUCGCGCAUCACCUUUCUCAGUCCGGUGGUGUUCUGCGGUCCUCCCGACACUAAAGUGCACAAGCCCAUCGUGCUGAAGGUGCCUCAUUGCGCAGAAAAUCUGUCCAACUGGCAGUUUUCGCUGUACCACUCGACGGACGGAACCGGCCGGUGGAACGAAGUGGUCACCAUUGGAAAGGAGAACAUCAACACGCCGGCGUUUGUGCAGAUCGACAAACGGUACGCGUACGUGUUGACCGAGGUUUUCGGGAAGUAUGUGCUGGUCGGAGAAUCGGCGAACGAUAUCCAAGAACGUGUGGCCUGCAAGAAACUCCGGAUGUUCAUUUGCGGUCCUUCAACGGUGCCGGAAUUUUCGGAUGUUAGCGUAAGGAUAUACAUAGUGGAGGAUAAUCCGGGAGCGGAGGAGCGCUGUAGAUACUGUGAACAGGAGAUCGGAGGAGUUUUGCUGGGGAAAAGUACGGUGUUGUACUUUUCCGAUAACAGUCAAGAUCUGUGUAUAGAUAUUAGGAGCGUAGGGGGAUGGAAGUCGAAGCCAUACGGCGAUCGGCAGGUGAUACCGUUCUCACAUGUGUGGAACAACAGCAAUUCAACAUUGCACUGCAGUUUUACGCUUAGUCGAACGGAACACGAUAAAUGUGACUUCAAGAUCGACGUUCAAGCAGUACAGGAAAAUUGCGGAUUCAACGUAGCCCCAUCAACGCUAAGUAUUUCAUCGUUCACUCCUCUCUCGAAAGAUGGCAGCAACUGUCAGCAUUCUUCAAGUUCCUUCGAAACGAUGACCAUUUGCAGCGUGGGCUCAAAUUCUGCCAACGGUGAGCACAACGUCAUCAACACGGACAAGUUCCGCCUCAACAAGAUAGUGAAAAAGAAACUGUGCAAGUGUUUGGACCCGCCGACGCAAAAGGGCAACGAUUGGCGCAUGCUGGCCGCGCAUCUCAGCGUGGAUCGUUACCUGGCGUACUUUGCCACCAAGCCCUCGCCCACCGACCAGAUUCUGGACCUGUGGGAAUGCCGAAACCGGGAUCUGAACGCGCUCUGUAAUCUGAUCGAGAUCUGCCGCAAUAUGGGUCGUCACGACGCGGUUAGCAUAUUGCAAGAGAUUCAAACGCCUUCCUGGCUGUAGAUUUAGCAUUUAGUCAAAGGUUGGAAACAUGAUAUGUAAUAGAAGCAGUAGAUAUCGGUCGAUUGUUGGACAUAAAUACCUAUACGUAACCGUUCUCGAAGAAGUAGUAGCGCGAAGAAAAAGAUGUAAUUUAUAUCGGUGCGAUUGGGUGCGGAAUCCUGAAGGAAAUCUCGCCACGCUCUUUAAUCGUAAUCUCCUCAGUAAUCAAAAAGUUUAACCUCUUUGCCGCAACAUGGGCGAUCGGCCGAAGGCACGUGAUCCUGUUCUCUUGUUUCAUUUGUUUUACCGCCUCGCAGCUCUUGAGCUCGAUCGAUGAAUGAAGGCAGUCGUCUUACAAAGCCCGGUAGCCACACUUACGCGAAGCAAAUAAGAUGCAUUCUGCCGCCGACGGUCAUACAUACUACAGAUGCGCGCUGGGCUCGUACAUAUAUAGGUCAAACCAAUCUUUAUAAAUAUUUAUAAAUCAUUAUCUGGCAUAAUAUUGGAAGGGUAAUCGCGACGUGAAAACUAUUCCUCUCGUUUGCAUCGAUUGGAAUUAAUUCACUUUUGGGUUCAUGUAGUUUUGCUCGCUCUUAUAUUGAACUUCGACGAUUGAUUUCUGGGCUUGAGGGUGGACGUUUUCUGCAUUAUGUACAAUUGCGCUUGAAGGUGGCAUGAAUAGAAUAAUAGACUAAAUUUGGAAUUCGAAAGUUUUUUAAGGUUCGCCUUUAAGAGCGAUAUAAAAUUCUUUGGCUAGUUUGAAUGGAGCUAUGCAUGUCCUCUUGCCCUGGGAUUCCCGCUAACAAGCACCGAACGUGUUUCGGUCAAACUAGACCCCCGUUUCGAUUGUUGCAGGGCAGCAUCUUGCCACACUCUAUGAUUAUUUAAAUUACUACUUAGCAACAACAAUCGAUUCAGAAGCCGCGCGCUGAUGAUCAUGCAUUCGAUUACUGUGGGGGACCGAAAUCCGUACAGCACCGAAAUCCGUCCACUUCGUGAGAUAUCAAUAGAAUAAAGGGGGUUUGAGGGAAUUAAUGUAUGAAUCAUUUAUCUUAUCUUGAUCUUAUGCUUGACAGAAAGCUUUCUGGCAAUUGAAAUGGAAAGUAGGCUCUGAAAAUAAAAUAACAUAAUUAAAAAACAAAUCGGCACCCCGCAAACGCGAAGUUUCAGGUGCCAUUUUGUUCGCGUGUUGGACACAAUUGUACCAAAAGUGAGUGUGUUUAAAUUGCAAAUUGCAAUUAAUAGAGCAAGAUCAGCAGCAUAAAUAACAAAGGGAUCGCUUCUCAAGGAGAGUAUUGCGCUAUUCACAGUGUUAGUUUGAGCAAUUGGUCUGCUUUUAUUUAAAUAUUUUGUUGGAAAAUAGCCGUACGGAUUAUGAUCCUAUGAUUCGAAGUCCGUCCACGGUGGACGGAUUUCGAUUCAGGAGGUGUUGAUUUUGUUCGUAAUUUUAUCACAUUUUUCAUUACUUUCAACGCAAUACAGUGAAGCACACAAAAAAUAGAGGCCCUCGUGCAGUUAGAUCAAUGACGAACGUUUGAUUUGCAUUCGAUUUGUAUUUUCUAGAGACUUUUACAUAUACUGAAGUGCUUAAAUGUACGGGUUUCGAUGCACCACGGUAGUUGGGCAACGUCUACCACAGCAGGAUAGGGUAUGAUUGAACGUAAUCCCUAUUUUUCUUCUCGCGUCAACCGCCGCCGGUUAGUUGCGCGUCGUUUGCGCAGAUAUGAUAUCAACGAACAAAAGCCCUAAGCUAAACUACUAAGAGAAUAAAAAACCCUAGCCAUAGGUUGACUUGCCUACGCGAAUUAACAUGCAGCCAAACUAUGUAGUUAUUGUAAGUUAAUUCUUCGCUUUCGGCCCUCAUUUGAAACGAUGUUCGAAACUGCAAUUAUUGCUCGUAACUAGGUAGACGUAUGGCACAAUAGACACGCCUCACAGUUCAGAAACAAAUUUGAAUCAUUGCAAAAAUUAUUGAAAAUAAUCAAAAAUAUUUUUUUUAUUUUCAAUGAAAUGAGGGUUCUUAGUUUCUGGAAAAUAUCAGAAACUGAAAGAACAUAUCACUUAAAAAUCCUUCUUUGACUGCGUACUGCUGAGCGUAAACCGCAGCCUUUUUACUGCCAAUUGAACGGCAAUGUUAAAGUCGUUCUCGUUACUCCACUUGUAUUGCAAUAAAACACAAGCAUCUAAUUGAAUAUCGAUAGUUAACAUUGAUUUUAUUUCAUGAGAGUUACCCUUUGGGUCGGUUGCGGUCGUCGUUAGCAGAAUAGAAAGGAGGAAACGGCUUCUCAUUACAUAUGAUAUCGAUUGAGACGUUUGAAAUCGAGUAGCUGCACUUCGUGGUAUCACAUAAAAAAGUAGGUUGGUAAUUGCUGUAAUUUGAAUUUUAUUAGCUGGCCUAUAAAAAUAGUUACAGCAGCAAAUUUGUUGCUUUGGACAAAUAUUGAACUCUUAAAAUAAUCCAGCAAAAAUGUGUCGACUCUGAUACCAAUAGACAUCACAAUUUUUAUCCCUAUCAAGAAUCUCCUGAGUUUAAAAAAAACUAGAAUUCAAAUACUUUUCAUCGGUAUGUUCGUGAGAUAUAGGGAUUCGUAUUUGAUUUCUGAAAAACUAAGCAAAAAAGGAUUUUGAAAUCCAUAUAAGAAUUUAGCAUACGGCGGAGCUUUUGGGACUUGAUCUUCAAGAUUUCGUGGAAUAUCGUUGAAAAAGAAUAAAAUUUUUAGAUUUAUUGAAGUCAAAGCAAGUAUUGUGGCGGGAUCGAAUUGUUGUGAUCAUGUGUUGAGUUCAAAGCUUGGACAAAUAUAAGACAACUUUUCAUAUACCUACAUAGGGGAACCACUCCUUGAAUUCAUACCAUGUACCCAAAUCAAUACCAUUCGAAAACAAAGAAUUGAUGCGCAAAUUGUUUUGUUUCUCAUUUUUGUGAUUUUUUUCAGCAGUGAGCACGCCGGAUAACAACAAAACACCGCACAAAUUGAGCCUAAAUAGCCUGUUUUACGAAUGUUAUUGAUAUAGGAGCAUGUUAUUAAUAAUGGAACAGAUACCCUAGUUACCGUGAACCGAUUUUUUCGCAACAAGUUGCGUUUGACAGAUGGCAAAGCUAGGGAUCCUGGGAUCGCCAGUUCAUUAGAUUAUCGCAUAAUGUUCUGUGGAAUUGAUCUUUAACAUAUCAACUGCUUUUGUUGCAAUACUGAGCUCAAUCGGGCAUACCGAACCAAUUUCCUGAACAAAAGAGUGGCAGAAGUGUAUUUUCAUAUGCAUUUUGGUUACACCACCAUACAAACUUCAAAUCAAAUGCGCCAGCUUAUGCAACAAGCGAUUGAGCUGAAAUUUUCAGAGAUUGAUUUUCUUAGCCAAAGGCACAAUCCUGAUGGGGCCCCGUAGAAUUUGACAACCUUUUGUUUCCUGAGCCAGUCUAGUGUGCCACCUUGAGCGAUCUGUUCUGUAACUAUUAAAAAAUUCAAUGUGAGAUCCCAACAAACAUCGGAAUCUGAUAGAGCGCUUAUUCAACCAAAAUAGUCUUCUAAGGCUGUAAAAUUAGCUUUUUCAGCUUAAAUUGUUUGUAGGAAACUCAGAUAUGCUUCCCCCAAAUCCAAAUUACACUUAAAUUUUUACUAAUGAUUGAGUAGUUUUGAACUUAAUUUUAAUUAAAAAACACUUAAAUGAAAGAUUAAAAAACAGAUCAGGUCUCAGAAACAAAUUAUGCAGAAAAAACUAUUUCUGAAACGUUUCAAAAAUGGUUAAAAAAACAGUAAGUCUUAAGAACUUUAAUAAAAAACGGGUAUAUUGGACGUACCACAUUUUAAAUGAAUAUUUUUUACAUAAUUAAUUCCAUUACAUUACAUUGACGUAAUUAAUGAAUGAAUGUUUUCUUCCAUAGACCCAAGGCUGCACCUCUGGAAGAUUCAGAUUGAUAACUUCCUUCAUUUUUCAACGUUUAGUGGUUGAAUCUAUGAACUCUGGAAGAGUUCCUGGAUGGAACGUUGUUAUCAUUUUGGAAUAUAAUUAAUGGUUUUCUUCUUUUUUUCGUUUUAUUAAAAAAAAACUUGUGUCGAAUUCGUUUUUAAACCUGGGUCAGGGCCAACCCGAACCCUGAAUAAAAAACCCAGAUUAAUCCACCUAGCGAUGACGAUGCCUUUCUCGAUUUUACCGUUGGGCUUCGCCUUAGUGUGAUACACAUACAUAAUAAAUAAUUGCUCACAUUGCCGCUCUUGCAAACGCUGUAUAGUGAAUCAAUCAACCAAUAGUUUACACUAGAAAUACUAGAAUAAGAGAUCGACUAAGACGCCAUCUUGUUUCCAAUCGAACCGUCAAAAGCGGUUCCAUUUCGACUUGUUUACUUUUUGCGCCCAUAAGAAGCAAGCAAAAAGUUCAAGUGCUGCCAGUAUCAUUUUCACGAUUUCAUGCAUUUUCAUACGUUGCCAUUUCGACAGUUUUUCAGCCCAACUAACAUUUAAUGUCAAUGUAAAUGUUAUUUCAACUCGUCUAUACGGCUUCAAGCUGAAUAUGUGUGCUAUACAUAUGAUCAAGAACUUCUAUUCAAUGCUUUUACCAGCAAAUCUGGCGAAUCUAUUCAGCUGUUUUUGACGUGUCUGCACAACUACUUUACAGCAUGUUACACAGUUUUUUCUCAAUCUUUACUAAACCAUUUAGUAAUAUAAUUCGCUUCAAUGGCGCUUAUUCAGAUUUUUUGAAUCUGUUAAAUAAGUUUUAUACAGCCACUGAAUUCAAUUUGAUUAAAUAUUAUUUGAGAGGAGAGUAAAUUUCGGGAGUUUAUUCAAUGUUUUUUUUGUGAAAACUCAAAUAUCAAUUUUGUUGCUACCUAGAUUCGAACUCCUGAUCUCCUGAUUCAAUGGCCGUUGCUCUGUCAUCACCGUCACUUUGACAUAUGUAAAUAACAAAGAAAAUUAUGGAUGUGCUUCUUCACAUACCCUAUAGGUUGUUUUACUAACGCUAUUUUCAGAUUCAUGCUGUAUAAACGUUAGAAAGAGGCCUACAUGCUGCUUUCAGCACAUAAGCUUAAAAAUUAUGCUUUCAGCAUUAUUUCAACCAUUAUUCAAACAUCUAUCAGCAUGUUCUGUUGGCUAACUUUUAUCCAUCAUCAAUCGCUGAAAUUGUUUUUAGGCAACAUUUUCUCGACCUGUAUAGAUGCUACUUUGCUGCUAAUCGUUUAACAGUAGCCGUCAACAGAAAUAUCGCUUCUAAAUGGCUUGUUUUCUUACGCUAUCUGCUAGCAUUAAUGACAGCGCUUUGUCAGUUGCUAUAAGAGCAGGUGAAUAUCUUUGUAGCUGCAUUACAGAAAUCAAUAGCUCAUACACAGCUCCGGCAACAAAUAUCAAAUGUAAACAUAGCGGUUUUGACGUUCCAUACUGAUAUGCUAUUAAAAGAAGCAGUAAUAGGUUUACUUAAACGUUGUGUAAUCUUCAAAGGUACAGAAGUUGCCUAAAAGCUUCGUUAGUUCAUUUAUAGCGCCAUUACGCUAUAUUGUUAGUGCUAUAACAACAGCAAAAACGUUUUCAUUGUGAAUGCUACUCACCGUAAUAUGGGAAGUUGCUGACAAGCAACUCAGUUACAUACAUGAGCUCUUAACCGAUAAGCUUUGUUGCUAAUUCAGACAGAGCUGUUUUAUGACUAUAUGAAAGCUGCAUAAACGAUAAAAUAUUAAAUAUAUUCGGCACACUGACUAGCUGAUAGAUAUUGGGGUAAUAGUCGAGUUGAAGUUUAAGGGAUUAUUUGCGGAGGCUUUUCUUUUAUUCAGCAUUGGCUGCUUUUAUUCAAAUAUUAUACAGCCAAAGGCUAGAAGUUGAAGCUUUUAGCACCAAAAAUGUUAGUUGGGAGUCCGCCGGUCUCUGGUUAUAGGGUUGCUAGUUUACACUAUCGGGCGGCCCCAUACGAAGUGAUGUCCGAAAAUAUUUUUUUGUUUUCCCGCAUUUUUUGAUAGUAAAUAUUCCAGUAAGUUUAGUAUAAAAUAAGUGAUAUUUAUGUAUUUUUAUCGCAUCCAAAAGGUGUAACUAGAACUUAAUGAGCUACGUAUUCCUGAACAAUAAAUUUGAACGUUUGUUUUUUUUUUGUUUUGUUCAAAUGCAAAUCAAAACUACAAUAAGGUUGCUGUUCAUCAGAUUGAAUAGGAGAGGUGGAGGUGGAAGCCCCCUCACCCUUCUAAUCAAGAUCUGAAGACCCCCCCACUCCAAUUUUAUAAAUAAGUUGUAUAAGAGUAUUGUUUUUAUCAAUCAGGUAUUUUGGAGAAGAAUUAUUUGUCUACCAAAUAUAAUUUAUAAACAAGGUUAUCGUGAAAACCGUGAAAACAUUUAAAACUGUUUAGUCCAGUUGGGUAAAUUGGUACGUGUUUUUAAUUGGUACAAUUUUUUUGGUUUAUGCUCGCAUAACCCAACUAACAAUUUUGGCGCUAAAAGCUUCAACUUCUAGCCUUUGGCGAUUAAUCGAUAAUGGUAAUUAA